CUAUCAAAUGUCACUUGCUUAUCAGCUGAUUUUUUAAUCAACAAUAAACUACACAACAAAAGAUAUCAAGAAAAAAUGGACAACGAAGUGUCUCUUGAUAAAAUUGUUGAAAAAUCCAAGCAAUGGACUCUCGAAGGUGACUGCUCUUUGCUUCAAUGGAUGAAUCAGAUAUCCAAUAAUUUGGAAGAAAGAGUUACCAAAACAACUUCUGCUAUAAAUGAUAUGUCUAUUAAAUUAGAUAGAACAUCUAUAGCUUUGAGUAAUGUAACAAAUAAUCUAGCUGCUUUACAGUAUUCCAAAUUUGUUGAGAAUCGAGUUCAUGACGAUGAUGAAACUUUGUCUGUUCCAGUUACUGUUCCAAAUGAUGAUGUGACCGAUAACAAGAACUCAGGACAAGACAUUUAUUCGUUUUUGAAGAAAAAUCUGGAAAUGAUGAAUUCUUGCCAUGAAGCAUACUCUAUAAGCUAUGAGGACUCUGACGAUGAUGACGACGAACCAGUUACGAAUGUCGUGUAUCGUUCAAAGAAUCCUUACGAAGCACGUCCCUUACCUCAUAUAUACGGUUCAACUUUGUGGAAGGAAAAAUGGCAUAUUGGUCUAUGUGACUCUGAUAAUGAUUUCUCGGGCGAUGAAAAUUCUGAACAAUUCUCCGAAUCAUCAUCUACCGCAGAUGAAUCAUACGAGAGCACAGCACCAACCAUGUCUGAAUGGGAUUCCACAGCAUGGGGAUUAAAUACUCAAAACAAUAUCGAAAGAAAAGAUAUGCAUACUCCUUCGAAUGAUGGAGAGUCUUCAUAUCAAGGUGAUGAUUAUUCUCAAUCAAAAGUAUCCACACCUAGGACUCAGAGAAGUGUUGCUAUCUCACAACCGCCACAACCGAUUCAGGAUCAACGAUACUAUCAUCAUAUUCCUCGGCGACAAGAGAAUCUAUUUGAUGACAUUUUCAAUGAAUCAAAACCACAGGAAGUGCCUACUGCUACUCAAGUUGUUCCACCUCAGAAUGUCCCCUCUCAGGUUGUCACACCUCAAGUUAUAACCGCUCCACAAAAGAAAAUUAUACCAGAAAGUUAUAUUCCAAAUGAACCACCACCAGAUGAACAAUCAAUUGAAAGUGACAAUAAUCGUCGUGUUGGAGCAAAGAAAACUCUCAAUUUAUUUGAUGAUGAUGAAUUUAGCUCAUUUAUGGAUCAAAUUGUUCAAAAAGCUACAAAUAAAAAUAUCAAAUCUGAUGAACAACCUCAGAAAAAUCCAGAACCACCGAAAAAAACAGUGGCUCCAAAUCUUUUUAACGACUUUAAUGAUGAUACUCCUGCUGAUGAUGAUUUCCAGAGUAAGCCUAAAAAAGCUGAAUCUUCAAAUAUUUUUAAUGAACCCAGUGUUCAUAAACAACAACAGCCAAUUAAAAGUGUUGCACAAAAUCUUUUUAAUGAUUCCGAUGAUCUUUUUAGUCGUCCGUCGGAGAAAGUUAAAGACCCACCUAAAAAAACUGUCGCUCCAAAUCUUUUUAGCGAUUCCGAUGAUCUAUUUACUCCAUCAAUCAGUAAACCUCCAGUUGUUGUGAAACAAAAAGCCUCCUCACCAAAGCUAGAAGAUGACAUUUUCACACCUUCUCCCAAGUCGUCGGCAAUUAUUGAGAAAACAAAAAUCAAAAACCUAUUUGACGAUGAUGACGAAGAUGAUGAUUUUGAUAAUAUUUUUGCCUCGAAACCAAGUUCAAGUAAAACAUUCACUCAGGCUACCAAAAAUCUAUUUGAAGAUGAUUUAUCAGUGGAACCUGAAAAUAAAGGAGUGACUCUAGCGAAGGACGAAUCGAUCGAGGAAGUUACUAAGGAAGGAUUAUUUGAUGAUGAUAAAAAUAGUCCAGUUUUGCAAGAAGAAACGGUCCCUAAGGUUCCAUUGAUGAAGGAAACUCCUAAUGUUCAAAAAGUCAUUUUUGAUGUGGAAAAAGAAGCUUCCCCUCUACUAAAGGAGGACACAUCCAAAAUUGGGUCAUUACUCAAAAAAGGUCUUUUCGAUGAUUUUGAUGACCUAGAAGACGAAGAUGAUAUAUUUUCCACCAAACCAGCGAAAAAAGAUCCUUUUGAAAAUCUAUUUGAAAAAGAUAAAAAGCUUUCAGUUAUACCAAGCAAAUCUUUGUUUGGUGAUGAUGAGGAAGAGGAUUUAGUUCCAAAGGUGACUGAAUCGAGAAAGGAAGAUCAAGUUGAAAAAAAUAAUUUGUUUGGGGAUGAAGUUCCAAAGGUGACUGAAUCAAGAAAGGGAGAUCAAGUUGAAAACAAUAAUUUGUUUGGGGAUGAAGAUGAAGUUCCAAAAGUGAUUGAGUCAAAAAUAGAAAAGCAAGUUGAAAAGAAGACUCUCUAUGGUAAUGAGGAGGAUGAAGAUAAAGGUCCGAAGUUACCUGAAUCACAAAAAGAAGAUCAGGUUGAAAAGAUGACUCUAUUUAGUGAUAAAAAAGAUGAAGAUGAAAGUCCGAAGAUAACUCCAUCAAAGCAAGAAACUCAGGUUGAAAAGAGAACUCUGUUUGGUGAUGAGGAGAAUGCAGAAGAAAGUUCGAAGGUUAUUGAAUCAAAGAAGGAACAGCAAAUUAAAAAGAAUGAAAACAAAAAACCGAGCAUUGAAGCUGUGGGAAAGGGAUCUGAGGAUGAUAUUUUUGUUCCUUCAGGCUCAAGCAAACCUAAAACUCAGUUUGAUGAUAUUUUUGCAGACGAUGUUCCCGAGGAUAACUUUGAUGGCUUUGUUCUUUCAAAAUCAGAAAAAGUUAAUGAAAAGGUUGAAGAUAUUCCAGAGACAAAGCCAAGUAACUUGGAAUCAACUGUAACAUCGACAAAACCAGCAGAAUCAUCAAACAAACCAGCUGUUGCUUCAAGAUUACCAGUUAUUGCUCAGAAACCAAUGGUGGACAAAACAUCUAAACCACAAAUAAUGCCUAGGAAAAACACUAAAUCAGAUCUGCUUGAAAAGAGUCAAGAGGAGGCUUCAAAGCAGGGCAUUGAAAAAGUAUCUUCCUCACGAACCGAAGAAUCUCAUCCAAAUAAGGAACCACUAGAAACUCCCCAACAUACUGAAUUUACAAAAAUGAAACCAGAUAGUGUUUCGAAGUUGAGUUCAAAGCCAGAAGUAUUGAAAUUCCCUGAAGAAGAAAUUCUUGAUACACCCAGCUCUUUGAAGAAACAAAAUACUCAAACUAUUGCUAAAUCAGAUGAUGAAGAUAUAAAACCUAUUCCAAAACCUAAGCCGAAAGUAAUUAUUGAAGAAGUGAAGAUAUCUACUCCCUCGAAAGAGACUUCAGUUGUACCCGUGGAACAAACUGAAAAGAAACCCUCAACAAUUCCAAGCUAUACAAGUUUGUUUCAUGAUGAUUUACCACCUGAAGAUGAAAAUCCAAAUCCCACUUCGAAUGAGGAAUCUCCAAUGCAUACUGUAGACGAUGAUGUUGAAAUUAAACCAGUUUCUUCAACAUCUGUUCCUUAUAGUAGCCUUAAUCUAUUUGCUGAUGUUCCACCAGAUGAUUACUUUUUAGUAUCUACACCGACAGCCGUGACAGCAGCUGCAGAACCCCAAACUAAACGAAUUCACAGUAUUUUCUAUGAUGAUUUCCAUGAAACUAUCGAAGCUGGUCGUGAAAUGAGAGGACCAUCGAGUUAUAUGAUCAAUGAUGAACCUCCACCAGAUGACAGUGAUAAUAAACCAAUUGUUUCAGAAAUUAAGAAAGAAAAACCACAAGUUUCGAAAUUGAAAAAAAUGAAUUUCCAAAUUAAUGUUGGAGCUUUAUUACCUUCGGCGAAGAUGCCAUCGUUUAAAAAAGCCGAAACAAUUGAGAAAAAUACUCCGAGUGAAAUUGUAACAAAUGAAGACCCUACACCUAUUGCAAAGUCUCCAGUAAAUAAUGAAAUUAUUCCUAGUCCAGAAUCAUCAUCGGCAGGAACAAGGGAACUACCUGAAAAUAUUUUACCUAAUUUAAAUAGAGAUCGUGCUAAGGUUCAAGUCAAAAGAAGACCAUCUACUCGAACGGGAAGACAAGAAAGAUACAGAAAAUCGAUGAUAGAAGACACUGUAUCUAGCAAUUAUCAUGACGAAAAUGAAACAGAUAAUGAAAUAAAGCAAUCGAUGUCUUCAUCAGUGUUUGAAGGUUUUUCAUCACGAACAGAGGAUACUAUAGUAUCGAAACAGGAAGUAAGCGAAAAACAAAAUCAAACAAAAACUGUAUCUUCCUCGCUCUAUGAAGAUUUUGGAACCUUCAAUAGAAAAGAACAACUCACUGAAGAGAAAACACAAUCUUCAAAUCAAUUGCCAGAUGAAGCAACACUUUUUGAAGAACCUGAUAAUAUUUUCAAUAAAAAAGUUGCUUCUUCAUCUUCUUCCAAAGCUACUAUAACUAAAUUACCUGUUUUAUUUAAAGAUUCCGAUUCUGAGCCUGAAAAUAUUUUCGAAACUAUGAAAUCCAAUAAAUCGAAUACGAAAGAAUCUUUGCCUGUGACUAAAAAUUUAGAUUCUCUUUUUGAUUCGGAUGAUGGAAUUGAUGAAAAUCCAUUUGGAACACCGAAGAAUUUUUUCUCUCAAUCUCAAUCCAUUGUGAAAAAAGAAACAAUCAAACCAACAGAAGAUAGUUCUAAGCCAGCUGAUUCACUAUUUGAACCUGCUCAUCAGAAAGAAAUUCAACCAGCUCAGCCUGCAUUUAAACCUACUGAAGCACCAGUUAAAACAACACCAAAAUCAUCAACACUUUUUGGUGAUUCAGAUGAUGGUUCAGAUGAUCUUUUUAAAGAUGCAAAAAGUUCUAAGAAAACUACAGUUCAGAAAAAACCUGAACAAAAACCGAAAACAAAACCAGUAAGUAAACCAGUUAAGCAAAAAGCUUCAUUGUUUUCUAGCGAUGAAGAUAGUGGAUCUGGUGAUAAUCUAUUUGGAGGAAAAGCACGAACUAAAACAGCAAGCAAAAAAAUUGAACCUGCUAAUGAUAAGGCAUCUUCGAAUUUAUUUGCUGAUUUGUCAGACGAUGAUAGUGAUGGGCUUUUUGGAACUUCAACAAAGAAACCAAUUGCAGUUAAUAAAUCAAAACCCACAUUAUCAACGAAUCGAGCGCGAUCAACUAAGCAACCUGCGCAGGCGCAGCCAGCAAAAGCAAUUAGUAACAAUCCUUUAUCCGAUUUGUUGGGCCCCUAAAAAACGAAAGCCAGAAAAACAAAACAAAAAAACGAAGUAUCCUUACUAAACACAUUCAUAAAAAUUUAUAUAACAUAUAUUUUUUUAAUUAUUAUAUUAUUAUAUUCCGUUUCUUCAUUUAUCUUUUUUUUUAAAAACAAUAUUCCUUAUAACUUAAUGCAAUGUAUAUAAUUACA